AUGUCUGGCGGCGGUGGUAAUAUUAAGGUAGUGGUGCGCGUGCGGCCUUUCAACAGCAGAGAGAUCGACCGAAACGCACAAUGUAUCGUGCAGAUGAAAGGCGCCCAGACGGUGCUCACAGCACCGGCGGGCGCCGAAGAUAAAUCACGAAAGGGCGGGAAAGGCGGCGGCGAUGGACCCAAGACCUUUGCCUUCGAUCGAUCAUACUGGUCCUUUGAUAAGGACGCCCCCAACUAUGCCGGUCAAGACAACCUCUUUGACGACUUGGGUGCGCCGCUGCUGGACAAUGCCUUCGGGGGCUACAACAACUGUAUCUUCGCCUACGGUCAAACCGGUUCGGGAAAGUCAUACUCGAUGAUGGGUUAUGGCAAGGAGUACGGUGUUAUCCCGCGGAUUUGCCAGUCUAUGUUCGAGCGCAUCGUGAAGAUGCAGGAGGACAAGAAUCUCAACUGCACGGUUGAGGUGUCCUACCUCGAAAUCUACAACGAACGAGUACGCGAUCUGCUCAACCCGUCGAACAAGGGCAACUUGAAGGUUCGCGAGCAUCCGUCGACCGGUCCGUAUGUGGAAGAUCUGGCAAAGCUGGUGGUGCGCAAUUUCGACGAAAUCGAGAACUUGAUGGAUGAGGGUAAUAAGGCCAGAACGGUGGCCGCGACCAACAUGAACGAGACUUCCAGUCGAUCACACGCCGUUUUUACGCUAACCCUUACUCAAAAACGCCAUGACUCGGAGACCUCAAUGGAUACGGAAAAGGUGUCCAAGAUCAGCUUGGUCGAUUUGGCAGGUUCGGAGAGAGCGAAUUCGACCGGUGCUACGGGUGCCCGCUUGAAGGAAGGUGCGGAAAUCAAUCGUUCGCUGUCGACCCUCGGUCGUGUUAUUGCAGCCCUCGCAGAUGUCUCUGUCGGCAAGAAGAAAAAUUCUGCCAAACAGGUCCCGUACCGUGAUUCAGUCCUCACGUGGCUGCUCAAGGACUCCCUGGGUGGUAAUUCAAUGACUUCGAUGAUUGCUGCCAUUUCGCCUGCGGACAUCAACUUUGAGGAAACUCUCAGUACCCUGCGCUAUGCAGACUCGGCCAAACGAAUCAAGAACCACGCCGUUGUGAACGAGGACCCGAAUGCCCGCAUGAUCAGAGAGCUGAAAGAAGAACUGGCUCAACUGAGAGCGAAGCUCGGAGGUGGUGCGGCAGUCGGAGCACCAGGUGCUGUACCUGGCGCGCUGCCAACAGAAGAAGUCUACCCACCAGAUACGCCACUUGAAAAGCAAAUGGUCUCAAUUCAACAGGCAGAUGGUUCCGUCAAAAAAGUGAGCAAAGCGGAGAUUGUCGAACAGCUCAACCAGAGUGAGAAGCUUUACAAAGAUCUCAACCAAACAUGGGAAGAAAAGCUUCAGAAAACAGAAGAAAUCCACAAGGAACGAGAAGCCGCUCUGGAGGAACUGGGUAUCAACAUUGAAAAGGGCUUCAUUGGUCUUAGCGGUCCCAAGAAAAUGCCACACUUGGUCAACUUGAGCGACGACCCCCUGCUGGCCGAAUGUUUGGUCUACAACCUCAAACCGGGAACCACCACUGUUGGACACAUGGACCAAGGAAGCAACAUCGAGAUUCGGCUGAACGGAUCCAAGAUCCUGGAGAAACAUUGCACCUUCGAGAACUCAGACAAUGUCGUGACCAUCGUGCCCAGUGAAGGCGCCGCAGUGAUGGUGAACGGUCUGCGGGUCGACCAACCCCAACGACUCAAGAGUGGUUUCCGUAUCAUCCUUGGAGAUUUCCACAUCUUCCGUUUCAACCACCCUCAAGAGGCCCGCGCUGAACGAGUGGAGCAGAGCUUGCUGCGGCAGUCCGUCAACGCCAAUCAGUUGGGGUCACCGGCACCCAACAAAACACAUGACCGGACCGCGAGUAAAGCUGGCUCUGAGAUUGAUGGAGAUUCCAGCAGGGCUGAAUCUCCAAUGCCGUCGCGUGGUAGGCGAGAGUCAGACUGGCUUCAAGCUCGCAGAGAAGCAGCCAGCGCCAUGCUGGGACCGGAUCAUAUUUCCCACUUGCCCGACGAUGAGCUGGACGCUUUGUUCGAGGAUGUGCAAAAGGUUCGCGCAGGGCGACGCGGUCUUCCUGAUAAUGAAGAAGACUCCGACUCCCUGAGUUCAUUCCCAGUGCGAGACAAGUACAUGUCCAAUGGUACCAUCGACAACUUCUCUCUGGAUACUGCGAUCACUAUGCCUGGAACGCCUCGUCCGCGUGAGGAUGAAGAAGGGACGAAUGGCGCCACCUUGAAUUCUGUUCGUCAGGAUAUGCAGCGACAGCUGGAUCGGCAGAAAGAAGAAUUCCAGGACAAGCUCAAAAAUGCCGAGGUUUCCUCCAACCAAGACCCUUCGGAAUUGCGCACCGAAAAGCAGCGUAUGGAGGAUGCCCUGCGCACCGCCAAGGAGGAGUUUGAAGAACAGCUGAAAAAGCAGCAAGAAGUCUUUGAGUCUCAGAUGCGGGACAUGGGCAAGCCGAUACCCCAGAUCUACGAGAACGGAUUUGCCAAGCUGAGCCCACGCGAAAUCGAAGUUGCACAGUCAGUCUUCCGCCACUGGUCGCAGCGUAACUAUGUUCGCAUGGCCGAGAGGAUUUUACAGCAUGCGUCAAUCUUGAAGGAGGCCCAGGUGAUGAGCCAAAUCAUGGACAAGAACGUGGUCUUCCAAUUUGCGAUUGUUGACGUUGGACACAACAUGGAGUCGUCAUACGAUCUUGUGCUCAAUGGGAUCUCGGGUGACGAAGAUAUUGUGCUGGAUGAGGCCAAGAAGCCAUGCGUGGGCGUCCGUGUCAUCGACUACAAACAAUGCGUGAUUCACCUGUGGUCAAUCGAAAAACUCCACCGUCGCGUUCAGUCCAUGCGCCAGUUGCACCAGUACAUCGACCGUCCAGACUAUAUCCAGCACUUCAAACUUGAGAACCCAUUUUCCGAGCCGUGCUCGCCUCAAUACUCUCUCCUCGGCGACGCUGAUAUCCCUUUGACAGCCGUCUUUGAGACCCGCGUCCAAGACUUCUCUGUUGAGAUCACUUCGCCGUACACCCAGAGCGUGGUUGGAAUUGUUCGAUUGUCGCUGGAGCCGUCCUCUGCCCAGGCUCCUUCGUCGACUUUGAAGUUCAACGUGGUGAUGCGUGACAUGGUUGGGUUUGCCGAGUGGGAAGGAACCGAUGUUCAUGCGCAACUGUUCGUGCCCGGUAUCUCCGAGGAAGGAGGCGCAACGACGACCCAGAUGAUCAAUGGUUUCGAGGAGAGCCCGGUGCGAUUUGAAAGCGUGCACAGCAUGAGCCUUCCCCUGUCAAGUCCACGCACGGCCGCGCUAAAGGUCUGCGUGUAUGCUCGCGUGACUUCAAUGCAUCUGGACAAGCUCCUCAGCUGGGACGAUAUGCGUGACUCGGCAGAGCCCACGUCCCAGCAACGUACCGCUCCCCGGAUUGCAGAGUCCGAGUUCUACUCACAGGAGAGACACGACGUUUUCUCUCGAGUGCAGAUCCUUGAGCUCGCGGAAUCCGGCGAGUACCUUCCAGUCGAAGUUGUUCAGAGCAACAAUCUCGAUGACGGGACAUCCCAGCUCCAUCAAGGCCUGCAACGUCGCAUUUCAAUCAAUCUCACCUAUAACUCUACCGAAAGUCUUCCGUGGGACGACAUCACCAACUGUCGCGUGGGCUCUGUCCGCCUCCUCGACCCAUGGGGGAAGAUUCCUGAUCAGGAUUUCAACACUCCAGACGUCCCGUUGAAGUUUGUUCAGGAACCAAUGGUGAAAGACAAUUCCGACGGAACAUCCAAUGUCACUAUUGUAGGCCAAUGGGACUCGAGCUUGCACGGGUCUCUUUUGCUCGACCGAGUGACAGCAGAGAAGUAUCGGGUGCAAGUGACGGUCCGCUGGGAGCUUGUCUCUUCUCGUCUGCAGACUCCCGUGAUUUUCGAGGCCGAUCAGACACUUCAGAUCCUUGGACGCACCUAUGUGCGCCAACAGUCGAUGUUCAAGCAGUUUUGGAAUGCGACUCGGGUCGUCCAUUCGACUACACGCAUGUACUCUUUGGUCAUCCGUCCCAUUUCUGCGAAACGUGCCGCCGAUCUAUGGCGCAUGAACACCCAGAACGACUACGUCAAGGGCGAGGAACUCCUAACGACAUGGGCUCCUCGCAAGGUGUCCCUUGUGCGGGAUUACAUUGGAGCCCGCAAGCGCCGCUUGCGCGCGGCCGAACUGCAUGCCGCCCGCGGAUCUCUCAGUACAAGCCUAAUGACGUCUCCGUCUCCUGCCCGAGGAAGUGGACGGUCGACACCGAUGCGCGGCCAAGAUUUGAACGAGCGCAAGUCCAAGCUUCUCCGGAAAUACCUUGAUCUUUGGUCGGCCAAGAAGGACCCCACAGAGGCAAUCCUCGUGCGAAGCAACAUCGAACCCCCCUCCGGCGGAGCAGCUUUUGCGUCGCAAGCAAACGGAUCAAAUGGCACCACGGUCUCCGACAAAGUAUCACUUAAGCCCCGCUUCGUGGCCACCAUCCAGACACUUCCGAAGAAUCCUUCUGCUCUCAAGACAGGAUACGUGCUUACACCGGACGACACCAACAGCGUUUGGGUGCGCCGGUUCGUGGAGCUUCGCCGGCCAUAUCUCCAUAUCUACUCAGUGCCCGAAGGCGACGAGAUCAAUGCCAUCAACCUGCGCAACUCUCGCGUCGACCACGCCCCCGACUUUGCCCGUCUCCUCGACGGCUCCGGUGCUGGAGCGGACCGUUCGCUGUCUGCCAAAGGCCGGCCGAACAUCUUCGCCGUGUACGGGACCCAGAACACCUACCUCUUCGCGACUCGCACCGAGGCCCAGAAAGUUGAGUGGAUCCUGAAGAUCGACGAGAGUUAUUUCAGCAGCAACGCCGGCAGUGCAGCCGCCAGCGGUGACGAACGGUGA